GCACGGAAAACAGGAACCCGGAAAUCGAGAAAAGUUACGAUUUCGAUUUUUCUUUUUUUCCAGUAUAUUUUUAGUACUUCUUACUUUAAUACCGUUUUGCGGUGUACAACUGCAGUCAUGUCGCGAAAUUUCACACCAUAUCCGGGCCGGAUCACGACCAUGGGUGAGGGUAUGCGACAUUUGUUUGUCAGUGGCGAAAUGAGCGAUGUUCAGUUCGCGGUGGGACGCGACUAUGGCGCCGUGACGAUCUUUCUCGCUCACAGGCUCCUUCUGAGUGUACGAAGCGCGGUGUUCCACACCAUGUUUUAUGGCAGUGGGCCACAGAACCGCGCAGCUCACAUCGACAUUCCUGAAAUUCUUCCGGAGGCUUUCGCUAAUAUGCUCUGUUAUAUCUAUACCGAUGCCGUGGACGGCUUAACUCAGGACAAUGCCUUCCACACGCUGGCCUGCGCGGACAAGUAUGAUUUGCCACUGUUGAUGGACAUCUGCACUGACUUUGUCCUGACCGAGCUCAGUAUCGGCAACUGCCUGGACAUCUUGGAUAAUGCGGUUUACUAUGCUGUUAUUGCGCCGAGCAUCUUGGAGGAAUGCUUAUGCCUGAUUGAUGAGUCCGCGGAAAUGGUCUGGCAAUCGGAGCAGUUCUGCGCGAUUGGACAGGAGGCGUUAGACCUGAUUCUGCAGCGGGAUUCGCUGACCGCCAACGAAGAGACCAUUUUCGCGGCGGUUAACAGGUGGGCUUUCAGCAUGUGCAAGCAGCGGAACAUGAAGGCUUCCGCCGCCAAUCGCCGUGAAGUACUGGGCGCGACGCGGUUUCUAAUUCGUUUCCCGCUCUUGACCGCUGCUAAGCUGCUUGAUGGACCAGUCAAGAGCGGUUUGUUGCUGCGAUCGGAAGGAUGGAACAUCUUACAUUACCAGCACGCUAAGCAGAAGCCACAGCUGCCGUUCCCUACGGAUACCCGACAAAACGUGCGCGCUGAAGGUACCAUAAAUUAUACGAUCCCGGAUUUGAGAGAACUCGAGGAGACGCUGACGUUUAGUGAUCCCAUAACAGUCCGGAAGCUGCUGUGGCGCAUCGCGGUAACUAAGUGGACUGACGCCGAUGGAAUUCCUGCCCUGGGCUUCUACCUGCAUUGCGAUGGCUGUCCUGAAUCCGGGGAUUGGAACUGUGAGGCAGCUGGCGAGUUGUACCUAUUCCCAUGGAAAACGGAAAUUGCACCGAUUGAGGAACCGGUAUUCCAUCUGUUCUGCCAGGAUGACAAUCAAUGCGGAAUAUCACGUUUUAUGGCACUGGAGGAUUUGCUGGAUCCGACAAAUGGAUACGUCAACCCUGAUGAUUUUUCGUUGUAUUUGCAAAUUCAUCUGACUGCUGACAUGCCUACUGGAAUUGAAUAAUUAUUAUGUGCGCCGCUGUUAUUUGAAUUACGAAAGAAGACCGGUCAGAGCAUUGCACAAGUGUGUAAUUCGACCCCUGCAGUAUUUCAGUGAGGUGGAUCUCUGUUCGUAAUUUUGCGAUUGAUGUCCUGUGCCUGUUACUGUUCUGAAUCUUUUCGAGUUCAUAGUGUGAUUAUUUUUACCGGUUUAACAUGUAUGCCUUACAGUUUUUAAAAUCUCCCUUUAUAUUUUGUCGUUUUUCUUCGAAUUUCCCCGGAUUCGGAAAUAUGAGAUAAGCUCUUAUUUUGAUAGAACUCGGUCGAAAUUCAUCAUGAUAUUGUAUUCCGGAAUAAAGUUUUGCAUUUUGUACCCAUGCGCUUGGUCUU